AUGAAAAAGUGUCCGGAAUACAUGGACCGCAAGGUGUUCGAAUUCGGGACGGAGAAUGAGGGCCCAGGACCUGCAGCAUACGGGGCCCGGACGACGGUGGGUCGCCUGAACCGAUUGCCAACCGUAACCGGUGCACCAGCGUGCUCGGUGCAUCAGCGACUGGACUUAGGCAACGAGACCGAGGGGCCAGGGCCGGCAGUGUACAAUCUGGCGCAGCUGACGUACCGUGGUCGAGCCGUGGCGCCACGGUACAGCAUUGCCAAGAAACUGCCUUUCGACGGCGAUAUGGACAACCCGGGACCAGCGGCGUACAAGCCUAGAGUCCCGGUCAAGGGUCCGGUACCUAAGAUGCUGUUUCGGAUAAUCCACCCGGAUCCCAGAGCCGACAACCCUGGGUCCAACGUUUACAAGUUGCCGUCAACACUGUCACGAAAAAAGAUUACGCUGGCCAAGAAAAUCGACGAUAUUGUGGUGACUUCGGCGCUUAUCACCACUUUGCUCUCUCCGACCGAGUUACCACCCGCUCCGCGGUACCAACCAUAUUUAUAUUGA